UCCCCCAUCGCCGCACCUCUCUCGGAAUUAUCUCGUAUCUCUCCUUCUCCUGGAGGCCUUGCCGGGUGCCGCCGCGUUCUUCUCCUCUGACGACCUCACUUUCAUCCUCUCUCCAGAACCUCCCCCUUCUCGGCGUGCAACCUCGAAGAAUCGUCUUCGAUCUCCUUAGCGCCGGUCAAGUAAAUCUUCAGGACCACAAGAAAAGCUUUCACUUGCUGCCCAUCUCUCCUCUGCCUCCUUGUCUGCCCCUUCUCACACAUGGACAGCACCAACGUUGCUGCCACAGGGGUGGGUUGGUAUAUCCUUGGUGAGAAUCAAGAGAAUUUUGGCCCUUGUUCCCUCUCGGAUUUGCAAGUACAUUUUGCAAAUGAAUAUAUCUCAGAAAGCACCCUUAUGUGGUCAGAAGGGAUGAAAGAGUGGGCUCUAUUGUCUUCAAUUCCUGAGUUAUACUCAGGCAUGCCUAAUCGGAGAUUUAAUGGUUCUGCUUCAGCAGACAUGCCAGAAGAAGAGGAUGCCUUCACUAAAUGGCAGAAGGAGGUCCAAGAAGCCGAGGCAGUGGCUGAGGCAUUAAAAAAUGGCACUAGUGGUUGUAGUCUUGUGGACAAGGAUGGGGGUGUAUAUGAAGGAACAAAAAUAGACACUGAUAAUCAACCCUCUACUCCUCCAGACGGGGAGGAUGAAUUUACUGAUGAUGAUGGAUGCACAUACAAGUGGGAUUGCGCUUUAAGGAAAUGGGUUCCUCAAGCAAGUGUUUCAUGCCGACCUUCGUCUUUAAAAUUUGAUAGACUUGGAUACUUGAUCUGCUCAGCUGUCCAUCUCACUCCAUUUGUGGAUAACUUACCAAGUGAAACAAAUGAGUAUGCGGCUGAAGAUAUGAUCUUCGCACGUGAGGAGGAAGUAUUUCCUACAUCAACAAUGCCUGAGUCAUCUGUUACUGAAGAAAAAGAAUCUGCUACAAACAUCAUGGAGUCAAAAGCUGAGACAAAGAGAAAGCUGAAUGAUAAGACAACUGAAAAAAAGGAAGCUAAUAAGCCUCCAGAUGGUUGGUUUGAUCUAAAAGUGAAUACACACAUUUAUGUUACUGGGUUGCCUGAUGAUGUUACCGCUGCUGAAAUUGUGGAAGUAUUCUCAAAGUGCGGCAUCAUAAAAGAGGAUCCUGAAACAAAAAAGCCUCGUGUAAAAAUCUACACUGAUAAAGAAACAGGCAUAAUAAAGGGUGAUGCACUUGUUUCAUACUUGAAGGAGCCAUCUGUUGCUUUAUCAAUCCAACUUUUGGAUGGAACACCUCUUCGUUCUGGUGGAAAGACUCUUAUGUCUGUAAGCCAAGCUAGGUUUGAGCAAAAAGGGGAAGUAUUUAUAGCAAAGCAGACUGACAAGAGAAAGAAAAAGAAAUUGAAAAGAGUUGAAGACAAGAUUCUUGGAUGGGGUGGACAUGAUGAUUCAAAGGUGCAAAUUCCAGCUACUGUCAUUUUGCGCAAUAUGUUCACCCCUGCUGAGUUAAGGCAGGAUGAUGAGACUCUUCAGCCAGAACUUGAACAAGAUGUUAGGGAAGAGUGCUCAAAGUUGGGGGCUGUUGAUUCAGUCAAGGUGUGUGAGAAUCACCCACAGGGUGUAAUUUUAGUGAAAUACAAGAACCAGAAAGAUGCUGAAAAGUGCAUUGAGCUAAUGAAUGGAAGAUGGUUUGGUGGAAAACAAAUACAUGCAAGCAUAGACAAUGGCUCUAUCAACCAUGCUCUUAUCCGUGAUAUAGAUGCCGAGGUGUCAAGGCUUGAACAGUUUGGCGCGGAGCUGGAUGCAGAUUGAGUUCACUUGACAAAAUGCAUUUGUUGUGAGUUGGAUGGAAAUGAAUAUUUAUGUAGCUUGCAAGUAGUUGAAUCCAUCUUUAAGAUUGUAGCUACUGAUGAGCUUUGAAUCUUGGUACUUUCUUCUAUCCUUUAUCCUUUA